ACCGCGAUGUCUUGCACGGGCGGCGGAAACGUGCAUGGGGGUCUGGGAUCGGAGCCCCGUCUGUUACGUUGCGAUGGGGGCUCCCCACGCGCACGGUCAACCUGUGCUUUGGCCUUUUCAGAAUAACAAGACUUACGGGAUCAUUUGGGCCGGGAGAGCUGGACUGUCCACAGCCACGUAGGGAAACGUUGCUGCGUUUUGCCGCACCGUGAGCCCCUCUGAAAAAUGGGCACGCACGAUAUUCUGCUAAGCGAACGGGGAGACGUUUUAAGAUGGGAGUUGUCCUUGGUUUCUUCUAACACUUAGUAGAUCUGUUUCAGUCGCUUCUAGGUGCUUCAGCUUGAAGUGCCACGUGAGGCCGGGCGCCAGAGCAGGGUUUUUAUCUAUUUCUUCGUGGGUGUCAGAAAUCUGGCGAAUCUCUGCGACUUACACGGACUAAAAUUGCAAUGAAGUUCAAAUUCAGCAAGUUUUUACUGACGAGUACAAGUUUUGCCAAAGUGUGUAUGUGUGUGUGAGAGAGAGGGAGAUCUGUAUGGGAUCUGUCAGGAGCAGAUGCUGGUGAACUGGGAUGAGGUUACACACUGGAGGGUUUGAUCUCCAGAAGCUGUUUGUCCACUUCUUACCUGAGGGCAGACUGCUGCGGCGGGCAGUGUUAUCUCUGUCUUCAUUUCACCUCCCUCUCUCCUUUCUCAGGAACCCAGGCGAGCGGCUGGAUGUGUCUGUCCGUGCAGGGAGUUCUGCACUCGUUGCGUUUGCGUGAUGAUCGCGUUCCAAACAAUGAAUUAAAAGCUGUGUUUGGACAGCUUAAAAUUGGCAGUUAAAUGAUAGGCGAGUGUGAGUGUUGGUGAGUGGUGCUAAAGGAAUAGCCCUGGCAAGUGACAGCAGCUUGUAAAGCAGUCUGAGUGCAGACAACGUCAGAAUAAACUCAUUCCUCGUAGCGUCCCGCUGCUCUGCCCUGCGGCGUCCUGCUUACGGCAGGGAUGAGAAGUGAAGUUCAGGCUGAUGCCUGCUGAGUUGUGUUGAGGGGGAUGUUGUGCGAGGGGCACUAGGAGCUGUCGGUUCAGUUCAUGUGGGCUGCCAAGCAGCCCCCAGAUGGUUGUGACUUGAGCUGUUUUGUCGUGGGUUUUAGUUCAAUCCAUUUUGGGGGGGAGUUCACCCUGUAGCACAUCCUUUUGUUUUCCAAGUUAUCAGACCUGUGCACAUGUGUGUGUGCAGGGAUGAGAUAUGUGUGCGUGCGUGUGUGUGUGCAGGGAUGAGAGCAGGUAGAUUUGAAUGAGAGGUUUGCCCUUAUUAAAGCUUCCUGUGUAAACUCAACUUGACUUCCCAGAGAUACUUAAUUUUAAAAAAAGAAAAUGGCCCUACUUCUGGUAGAAUUAAAGUUUCUCAUUGAUGUUGUUCAGUCUGAUCCUUUGUGUGCCUUAAUUUUGUGUCUAAGCUGCCGGUUUCAGCUUGCUUCCUGUGUAAGCCAAGGUUUUAUUUGGUAGCGCUUAGGUAAAAUUGUUUCAACUCCUCGCAAUGUGCAGAAACCACAGAAGAUCAAGAAAGUUUGUCUCUGAACCAGUUAGUCAUCCUGCCACCCUGCCCUGCCUUCAGGAGAAGAGAAUAUCUUUGUAUGCAUGAUGUACAGAGCAACUGGACCCCAGUUUUGACAGAUACUUCUGGAUACUAUUGCAUAUUAAUUAUAAUUAGCAUCUGAAAAUAAAUGAUGAAGAAAUAGGCCAAGUGACUCCACUACCCACAAGACAGCCUUCGUGAUGACUUCUAGCCACUGCUGACUUUGGAUGAGUUGGGGUUGGUUACGCAGCAGUUAACAGUUCCAGAUUGUCUAUGCAGAAAGGCCUCUAACUGACAACCACAGAUCAUUGGCCUCGUAUGGCUUGAAAGAUGGGGAUGUGGUGAUUUUACGACAGAAGGAAAAUGUAGAGCCACGGCCUCCUGGCAAUUUUCCAGGUCUGCCCAGGAUAGACUUCAGCAGCAUUGCAGUACCUGGAAUGUCAACUCAGCAGCCUCAGCAACCAGCACAGCAUCUGCGCUCGUCACCACCUGAAGCACCUUCCUUCCCUCAGGGCUUGGACAAUCCAGCACUAUUGCGCGACAUGUUGCUUGCCAAUCCUCACGAGCUGUCCCUGCUGAAAGAGCGCAAUCCACCUCUGGCAGAGGCCCUGCUCAGUGGAGACCUGGAGAAGUUUACCAAGGUGCUUGUGGAGCAGCAGCAGGAUCGAGCCCGGCGGGAGCAGGAAAGGAUCCGUCUGUUUUCAGCUGACCCUUUUGAUCUAGAGGCUCAGGCCAAGAUAGAAGAAGAUAUAAGGCAACAAAAUAUUGAAGAGAAUAUGACGAUAGCCAUGGAAGAGGCCCCAGAGAGCUUUGGCCAAGUGGUGAUGCUCUAUAUCAACUGCAAAGUCAAUGGACAUCCAGUGAAAGCCUUUGUUGACUCAGGUGCCCAGAUGACCAUUAUGAGCCAAGCUUGUGCUGAAAGGUGUAACAUAAUGAGGCUAGUAGACCGGCGGUGGGCAGGAAUUGCAAAGGGUGUUGGCACACAGAAAAUCAUUGGCAGGGUGCACCUCGCUCAGGUUCAGAUUGAAGGGGAUUUCCUCCCGUGUUCUUUCUCGAUCCUUGAAGAGCAGCCGAUGGAUAUGCUUUUAGGACUGGAUAUGCUUAAGAGACACCAGUGUUCCAUUGAUCUCAAGAAGAAUGUCCUAGUGAUUGGCACCACUGGCUCGCAGACACCUUUCCUUCCAGAGGGAGAGCUCCCGGAGUGUGCUAGAUUGGCGUAUGGGGCAGGGAGAGAGGACAUGCGGCCAGAGGAGAUUGCAGACCAAGAACUGGCAGAAGCGCUACAGAAGUCCGUAGAGGAAGCAGCUGCAUCUAGAUGGUACCAAGAAAACCAAGUCAUAGAACCUGGAAGAAGAGAGAGAGAAUUUAGUUCAGCCACAGAGAAUAGUGAUAAAGAAACUACCUCACUGGAAAUGCCAUCGUUACCAACUUCUGAUGGAUUGAAAAAUCCAGUCCAUUCUUCAGGACUAAGGUCCAAGAUCUGUAAUCCCACAAAUCAAUUACUUGACCGCUCUGUCUCCGCCCCUGCUUCAGUUGGCUCACACAAAUCUAGCCUAGCAGAGAAAAUUGAUCCUGGAGCUGUGAAGUCUUUGAAGUCUUCAGCUGAAUGCCAGAUUACCCCAGAAAAAGACCAUUCUCAUCUGUUGCAGAGUCUUGCUGACCAUGCUUCUUCAGCAGACAAUGACCAGCAGACAGGAGAAGCAGCUUGUCAUGGUCCUAAUAUCUCGUCACAGAAUACACUUGAAAAAAUGGUUGCUGCUGAUAGUCUAAAGGAAAAUACUAAAGCACGCGGCCACGAUCUGGACUCUCCUCUAGAGGUGACAAGGGAAGACAUGCCUGAUGCCAAUAUGUGUGCACAGCAGACAGUGCCAGAGUUACCUCUGCCUUCAGAACAACUGGAAUUGAACCAAAUGAAUGAGCUUCCUGUACAUCUGCAGAGAUACGAACCAGUAAAUGAACGACAUCUGGAGAAGCAGAGUGAACCAACUGACCCAGAGUAUCCUUGUAACAUUGGUGGCCUUGAGUUACCUGCUGUGGGGGAGCAGGGCCUUACAAACAUUCAGCCAGAAUCCCUUGCUAACUCUCUUGCUGAGAAAAGAGGACAUGGACUGGAGAAGGUAGGGCUUUCACGUGAGAAAGAAAAUGCCCAAAUGUCAGCAUCCUGUAGCUGUACGCUAACAGAAACCUUCAUGGAAAUAGAUGUAGUUGAGCAGUCUACAAUUGAAGUGCAUGGCUUGUCAAGGGAACACAGUGCUCAAACUAAGAAUAUUAGUGCAUCUGGUCUGAAUAUCGACUGUCCUUUGAUGGAGAUGGAAUCAUCAAAGCAGGAAUCGUCUUUGUCUGAACCGUUGAGUAAUCCAUUUUCCACUAGUGAGUUACUGUCGCCUGAAAGCAACGUUGAAAUGACUGGAACGUGUAAUGAGUUAUCCAACUCGGUGGCUGAGAAGAGCUCUUCCUCCUCUGGCAUUUGUCAACUACACACCGAUCCAGCAGCAUCCGCAGAAGAGCCAUCCUUGUCUUUAGCAUCAGCCUUAAAGGAGCUUCAUGAACUCUUGAUUAUAAAUUGUAAAGGAGAUUCAAAAAUUCUUGCACCAGAAGAGGAUGUCUGUCAGCUGGCAAAGGUCCCUGAAGAGCAGGUACAAUGUGAGGAGCUUUCUAAAGAUGAACAUGGAAACGUGGGUCCAGAUGGACAGGACCUAAACAGCUCCUUUCAUCAGGAGAGGUUUGAACAGAUGAACUCUGAAGGGCCAGCUGAGGAGCCACCUUGUCCUGAUGAAACUGAAAACAUGAGUGUCCAGUUUUUUAAUCCCAGCCAGACAGCUGUUGAGAGAGAUGCUCUAGAGAUACAGAUGUCACCAGGUACAAGCGAUUCUGUCAUUCUGAGCUCAGUUGCGACAUCGAAUCAAGUCCACAUGGAGCAGGCAGAAGUUGGACCUGAACGGUCGUUAAAGGACCAACAUGCAACCGAUCAGACUUUGGAGAAGAAUAAAUCGUUUCCACCGGAGCUCACGGUGGAUGAAGGUGUCCCUCCGAACCUCUUCCCAGGGACGCCUGGAGUAACCGACAGCUCCACAAGUACUGAAGAUCUGAGGCCACCCCAUCAAAUUAUAGAGCCGCCGCCGCGCCCACCCGUCAGCUAUCCAGAACUGAGCUCCAUAGUUCCUCCGCCGUCCCUUUUUCCUGCCGCUGACAUCAAUCAGAUUCUCUGCGCUGGCUUUACCCUGCAGGAAGCUCUCGAGGCUUUGGAACGAGCUGGUGGAAAUGCAGACCUUGCUCUUCUCAGUCUGCUAGCCAAGAAUAUCCGAGUUCCUGCAUAGCCAUGGAAAGGGUGGCCUGACCGGUCUGUUCUUCUAGAGAAUGUACCCGAAUGGUAGAGUAACCUGCAAGCAAAAUGUUGAGCCAGAUUUUUAAACCAACACCAUUUAUUUGCAGCCAAAGUCAUUUAGCUUUUCUGUUUCUCUUGUUAAAUUUGGGCCUUUUAAAACUAACAAAAAAAAAAGUCUUGGCAUUGUGUGGACACGGUAGCUUUUAAGUCUCCUUAAGAUGAUGCAUACUGGAAUAAAAUGUAAUGGUUUUAUUUAAAUGUACAAUUUUAGAAUGAUCUUCAAUAUUAUGAAAUAAAAAGCAGAAGCCAUUGAGAGAACCAUCACCCUGUUCAGCAAAAAGCAGAUUGGGAAAUUAAUUGAAUAUGCAUGUGCGUGCAUCUACAGCCGAAGCAUAGCAUGUGAUGUUACUGAAAGAGAUGCACACAAGCUAGCUAUUCAGUAUGGUGCAGACUGAAACAAAGCUUGUCACAGUGAAGCCUUUUGGAUUUGUACCGGUUAUCACUCUACUGUGCUUUAUAACCUGAUAUUCAUCUGUGAUGCUGACGAACAACUGUUGAAGCUACUAGAGGUGUAUUGAUGUCCACGGGGCUCAGGAUCCAAAAACCUUUGUGCAGGGUGGGGGGGGGGGCGUGUAAACUUGCACUUUUUUUUGUGCGUUGAAAUCUGAAGCCUGGAUUGCCAAAAUAUUUGACGUUAUUGGGCCAGUGUGUUAAAGUUUACAGGGAAAAUACUGAGUUUGGUGCUACCAAAAAUGAGACAAAGCAACUGACCUGAAGUUAUCCUCGUGGAAGAAGUGGAAAGGGAUUAUUUUACCUUUUAGAGGUGUGCCCACCCCAUUUUGCCCCAUGCAAAAGAAAAAGCCCAGCCUUCUUAAACAGAACCCUAAUAAUGAAAUUGCUUAACAAAACAGAUUGCAUCUGUUGCUGUGACUUGUCUCUACCCUACACCUAGUUUCACCCUAGUACCUACAAAGGAAUUUACUGUAACUGUUCAGUGGAUGAAUUCUCUAUGCACUGAGUAGGAACAUGUGAUUAAAGGAAUGAAGAAAUCCGCUUUGCACUAGUUUAUCUCCGCGCUUGAGAGGGAUUGGCCCCUCGACUGUAGAAAUGCUAACUGCAAAAAAACCCUUCUUAGUGGCUUGCAGUGUACUAGUUUAGUACCACUUGAUAGGUGAGGGCUCCCCAAGUCAAGCUGUCAUUAAGGUGAACUCGAACCUAGAGCACUGAUCUGGCUUCUGUAUUACAACCGUUGUUGCCUUUUGGGAAGCCCGCACCAAGAUCUCUGUCUGUGUAGGACCCACUGAGGCUGUGCUGGGGAGGCCCUUUAUUGGGGGAUAAAAUGCUUUCUUGGGCUGAGCUGCUCUUUCUGCUUCUCUACAGAGCCUUAUCGUAUUAUUAGGGAGGGGAAAAGGGAAAAGCAUGAUUAAAACGUGUUACCAAAUUGUAAGUAGAAACUUUGAUUUAGUCCCAUUUGCAGAUCUCCGUGAAGUGGUAGCUUCAUGUAAAAUGUAAUCUUUAACUUCCUGCUUCAAGCAAAACAAGCUGAAGUCAUAAAUCCACAGUGGCUGGACAUCCAUCUUCUCGACACAUUUUGUACUGGGGGGAGGGAGGGUUUGGGGGUCUCAGGCCUGUCCAUGUUUGUUCUUGCUUAGAAUAACUGCAUAUAUGUAUUUGGGGCUUCGAUGGGAGCUGAUUUACAAAAACACGUGUAUUCUGUCGGACUGCAUAGGCUUCUGUGAAUUUCUGAUGUCAGUGAUGAAAGGUUUGACAGGUCUCUUUAGGUACCUAGGUAGUCAAGAAAUCCUUUGGAACAAAUGAAAAGCUUUGAGGAAUCCUGUGAACAGCUAAUAGAUCGUUCACUGAAUUGUGAGUAUGUAACCUAGGCAAAAUCAGUUUAUUUUAGACUCGGUUUGAGUUGAGAUCUUGAAGAAAUGCAGGUGCUUCACAAUGUUUCCCACGCAGAUCAUGACAGUAAGUCCCCGGUAAAAUACUUUGGUAUUCUACAUAGGGCAAGCAUGCCAGAGACCGCAGUACCUCCUGUAGCGUCUCAGACCAUUAUUGCAGAUCUGUCCUAACGCGUGCUCUAAGGGGACGAGAUGCACUGCUACAUCCAUCGCUAUUUGCAUCCGAUUCACUAAGCUGAAAGCAGCAAGUAAGGGCAAAGUUCUUCCGACGCGGUGUCCUCAAACUCGAGAGCUGGGCUCUCCUCCUGUGUAUGUUCAUACAGCCCCCUGGUUUUUGAGUGGGGAGCUCCUUGAGGAGGCUGUCAGCUCCGCUGAAGACACCUCCUGAAGGUCUGCCCUCUUGUGCAUAUCUAGAAGCUGACUUUGCGCUUUAGCACGCAGAUUGAUUUACUGCCAGCUCCUUCGUAUGUCAGACGUGCGUCAUUCAGUGUUAUAAUGGCCCUUUCCCUAUUUGCAUUUUAUUUUUGUAGAAGCAACUGCUAAUAGCUAGAUGAAGUGCGGCUGCUUUGCACCAAAACGGUUAAAGGUUCUGACUUAAUCUUAAGUGGCCACGUUUACUUAGCGAUUGCACAUGCCGACGUUAUGCUAUAGAAGCUUUAGAGCAUCAGCCAAUUUGCUUCAAUACUCAGUUUUAUGCCUUGUCAAAUAUACUGUAGGUUAAGGGAUUUUUUUUUAAUGUUUUUUUUAAUCUGUCUUUCUGCGAAAGCUUUUUUUGAGAAUAGAUGCUAAGUAAGACUGCUAGAAUUUCCUCUGUAGCUUCCUCUAAACUGCUAGAAAAAGACUGAUGGCUAGAAAUGGUUGAGCUUCAAACUGUAAAAUAACCCUACCAAUAUUAACUAAGAUCAGUCCAAGCCUGGUGAUUUAAUCUCUGUUACAUGAAACCCUGCUUUGAGUGAGCAAUGCUACUGAAUUAAAACGGAAUGAUUUGGGGUCUUUAGAAACAAGAUUUGAUAACAAUGGUAAAAUUAAUGUUUUGGAGAUUUCUAGUGUUUUAAAGGCAUGUUGCUCAUCUAGUGGAGUGUAUACGGUCUUCCUUGGGUGCUAAGAACUGUUGUACGCUCUGUUUUAUUGUGUAGUAGGUGCUUUCCCUGUACCCUAGCUCUGUACAAUGUAUUGUGUGGAGUCAGAUGUUGGAUAAUAGUGAGAAGAGAGAUUGCAUAUAUUUGUCAUCUUUAAAGAGAUUUUGUUCCCCCCCCCCAAAAAAAACCACACACACAAAAACCCCCCUGCAGACUUCUUGUCCCUUAAAAGAAGAGCUCACGCGCAAUUUACCAUACAGCUGCCUUCCUCUCCAAAUUGAGAGGGUUAUCAUCCAACCUGCCUAAACAGUUUGAUCUCUUUCUGAAGAUUGAAGUAUCAUAUAUAGUUAAUGCUGCAUACCUUGAACAGGAGAUACAGUGAUGGCGGUACAGUUGUAAAAUCAGAAGCUUAUGCUCAUAUAUAAGUUCAUCUGUUGGAAGGUAAUGAGGAUGGGUGUGGAGAAAAGCCAGUGGGAAAGGUAGAAGUACUUUUUUUGGACUGGAUACCAGCCAGAAGAGUCUGGGCACACUUUGUUGUGACUUGUUUGCUUUUUAAUUCGCACCAAAAAAACUGAACGUUUUCAAAUUGUAAUUCAGCACUCGUUGGUAGCCUUGGCAGGGGCACCAGCCAUUGAAUGGGCCACGAAAGCAAAGACUCUUUCCACAUUAAUUCCGUUUGUAUAGUGCCUUACCUCAAAGGGUCUUGAGAUUGUGCGAUGAUUGAGUUAAAUCUCGCAACACCUUGGUGAAAGAGGAAACAGUUUAUCCUUACCCUGCAAAUAAGGGACAUGUGGCCCCGAGUGCUGUCUGUCUUUCCAGGAUACCAGGAAGUCCCAUAGUAGCCUUUGGCACGUUACUUAACCAGAUCUUCUUAUGCCAUAUGUGAAGGGCGGGGGGAUAUUUCUCCCAUUUAGAGAUGUUAACACUGCCAAAGACUGCAAAGCCCCAUAGAGUUUUUGGAUAUAAAAUGCUGUGGAAGGGAAGAUUAUGAUUUUGAAGGUAGGAUUUGCUGCCUACUGCUCGGUACCUUACAGAAGCAGUGGGCUGGGGGACAAGAAGCUCUCUAUUGGGCUUAGGCUCCAGGGCAUUUGCCUUUUUCUGAUUCUCCCUAUUCCUUUCCCUCUUAGCGCCCAACUCCAGCAGAGAGAGGGACUGUGGUACGGAUAUGCUGGUCUCUGCCUGGCUGUCCUUCAGUCUUUGCACUCCAUUGUUUCCUUCCCUUUCACCUCUCAGUCCCUGGCUUCUCCCUUCCGGUUUGCUGGCUCAAGAGCGUUCUCCGAGGAAGGCUGAAUUCAGAUCAUUGCCUCAAUUCAGGCGAAAAGGGAGAUGGAUGUGGUCACUCCCGAUCUGAAACCCCAGUGCAGGACCACAGCUGGGUCUGACUUGGUUCUCAGGAUGCCAUCCCGAUGAGAGCAGGGGUGCGUCCCUCAACCAGCAUCCCCCCAUCCGUUCCCAGUCUGGAGUUUCUUACAUAUUUUGCCAUAACCUUGUAAAUCUGCCAGUCGUCUCAAUUUUGACCCCCAGAGCCCCUCCUGCUUCAGUCGGAGGAAAACUCUUCAGGAGCUGUCUGGGCUCUCCUAUCCUGAGCUGAGCUGGGGAUACAGCUAGGCCUUGGCACCAUGCACAGAUAUUUAGGCCAGAGUGCCUGCUUGGUUCCUCAGUAAUUGCGUAAAAUACCUAAGUGAUAAAUGAGCCUCGUGCUAAAGCAGGGCUUUUGCUACUCUUCCGACCUUAUACUUGCUUACUCCUUGGCAAACUAGUCAGGACGCUGUGACAGUCUGUCUGGGACUAGACUCACCCAGGAGACCCCUUCCAGCCCUGUGGCCCUAAUUCCAGGUGUCUGUACGGGGCACGUAUCAUUUCUGCUAUUUAUUGGCCCAAAUGAAUUUUCAUUUUUCUAUGGAACAAAGCAACAAUUGAAAGCUGCUUAAUACAAAUUCCAGUGCCUUCGGAAACCUCCCGUGUCCAUGGUCAUUGUUCCCUGGUAUUUCUGCAGCCCUUCUGCUAGUCUGCUUUCCUCUUACCUUCUGCAAUAUGUUCUUUAAAAUAAAAGGGGGGGGGGUGGCAAGAAUACAAGAAUGGCAUUGAAAUAAUUGUCUCACCCCUUAUUUAAUGCUGGAUGCAUAGUGUUAUGACAUUGAAGGGCUCUAGAUCACUUUAGGGGCAAAAUAGCAACACCUAAAGCUGACUUCUGCACAAGAGGAUGGUGAAAGGGAUGUGACCAGGGAAAGGCUGGGUGAGGAGAAUAGGCCUUUGCCUUACUGGGUAGAGCUGAAGCCAUCCAUCUCAUGGGCAGUCGAUGCUUUUGAUCCAGAGCGCUCCUUGCUUACAGAAAGAACAGUUUUAAGACAAAACAUCAGCCUGCGAGGCAGGGAUCCUUCGGUCACUUCCCUCUAGGUUGGAGCAGGAUUUACUAAGCCUGUAAAGCCGAGACGCCAACAACCCGCUUGGCUUGCGGAAAAGACUGUCAGCAUAUUCAUAAAGGGAGGACUUUGCUAUUCAUUAGCAGAUGCUUCCAAGAAGCACUUCUGCCGAUGAAAAGUCGACCAGUUCGAUACUUGCCUACCUUUUCAUCAGCCCCAAAAGAUGUGGCAGUGACCCGUGGCGUGGGUACCUGCCGUUGGGUACGGUUGAGAGAGGCUGGCGGAUCGCUUGCGGGUCCUGCAGCUGCUGCUGCCUUUGCUGAGCCGUCUGCGGGUAGAGGACUUACAGGAUCCCGGGCUGUUCUUUGGCAUCUCGUAGACGUAUUUAUUUUGCUUUUCGUCUUAGUCUUUCUCAGUGGUUUUAAUCUUAGCUCAGAGUAGGGGAUAUUUAACCUUGCUCAUUGAAUGCAGAACUUGAAUUUUUUUAAUUUUAAUUUUCUUUUUUCAACUCCCUACCAUUCCCCAGUAGAACAGGCGACAGAACCGGAGAGGUUCGUUUACCAGACUUGGACUCCUUGCCAAAUUGCAUUUGUAGCUCUACUGGAAAUUCAAAGAAAAAGAAAUGGUUAGGAUUUCCCCCGAUCGCUCCAAUCUAGCAUGGGAAAUGUGAUUUCUUUUGUGUAUGUCAUUCCCUUUUAAAACAUUAGAAAUGCUUUUUUUUUUUUCCCCUGCAGUUUUUUGUACAUCUAGCUUAGCCUGUAACCCAGAUGUCUAGCAGCUGGGUUUUUAUUUGACGGAUGCUUUUUUAGCUUAAGAGUUUUCCAAACUCAAUUAAGGAACUUGAGGGACUCAAUACUCAGGAACCCUAAAGCUGGUUGCAUUUGUGUCAUUUAUUCUUCUGGGCUGAACACGCGGCUGUUCUCGCAGCAGGGUGACUGUGUGGGAGGAGGGGCGGUUUGAUCAGGUAAGGGGAUGUGGUUCUGCCCUAAGUAAUACACACUUGAUUCAUUAUUUUGAUUUUUUUUUAAAUAUCGGGGGACUGUUUCUCAAGAAAAUUGAUGUGUAAAAAAUUUGAUAUUUAAAAAAAUAAACA